AUGAGUAAAACACCUUCAACCAACUACUCAGUGAAUCAGCCCCACACUUCAGAGACUGAACAAUCAUUGUCUGCGCACCCCUUCAAUGUCACUGAACCUGUUACGGCAAAACGGAUCUGCUUUUAUAAGAGUGGAGACUCUCAAUUUAAUGGGGUCAAAAUGGUUGUCAGCAGCCGCUCUUUCAAGUCAUUUGAUGCUUUGCUUGACAACUUGUCGAAAAAAGUACCAUUGCCUUUUGGCGUGAGGAAUAUCACUACACCACGAGGGAUACACAGCAUCAAUAAUCUGGAAGACCUUGAAGAUGGGAAGUCAUAUAUUUGUUCCCAACAGAAGAAAAUCAAGCCCAUUGAUUUGGAGAUGGCCAGUAGAAAGCCUUUGCCAUGGCAGAUUAGCAGGCCCCUCAGUGCUCGCCGUAGGGCUGUACAAUUAGCUAGAGGGAGUGAAGGCAGUGUGUUCCAGCGAGGCAGUACCCAGAGAUUAAGCAACCCGAAAAAACUGCUUGUUUUCAGAAAUGGGAAUGUAAGAAUCCGGCAUGCAAUUGUCUUGACCAAGAAGAACACACAAAACUUUGAGGCCUUACUGGACCACAUCAGUGAGCUAAUGCAGUAUCCAGUUCUGAAAUUACAUACCACUGAUGGGAGAAAGAUUUCCAGCCUUCAGGCGCUGGUACUAUGUUCUGGAGCUGUUGUGGCAGCGGGAAGAGAACCUUUUAAAGCAGGAAACUAUGAUCCCUAUAGGUAUUCUCUUCCUGGUAAACUGCCUGGGGUCUCCAAUCGUGUUUACCCCAGAUCAAAUGCCAAGACAGAGGGCAGAAAAACAAGCAAAUGGAAGGUAACAGUUUUGACGAGUGACCAGCCAUCUGCAGGUACCAGCUCUCAAGUUUAUAUUACAUUAUAUGGGAAUCGAUGUAAUUCUGGAGCUAUCUUUCUAUAUGGAGAGGAGAAGAAGGUGUUUGAAAGAGGAAGCACAGAUACCUUUAUAAUCUGCACAGAAGACAUAGGUGAUACCUACAAAAUACGGAUAGGGCACAAUAACUCUGGGGAAACCCCUGCCUGGCACUGCAAAGAGGUGCAAUUACACAAUCUUGUAACAGGGGAACAGUUCAGUUUCCCUGUUGAUAGAUGGCUGGCACGAAACCAGGAUGAUGGUGAUAUCUGUCAGGAACUUCCUGUUUCAUACCAGGGACAGCCCCUUCAUCCAGUGACAGUGUAUGAAAUACAUGUGGUAACUGGUGAUCUAUGGGAUGCUGGAACAGAAGCUGAUGUCUACAUUGUUAUAUAUGGCGAUAAAGGUGACACAGGAUCCCGGCAGCUCCUUAGGUCAAAGAAACCUAGGAAAUAUGCAAAAGGACAGACUGAUAUCUUCACACUUGAAGCUGUGCACCUUGGAAAUUUACAUAAGAUUGUUGUAGGGCACAGUGGACUUGGCGCAGGAAAUGGGUGGUUUCUGGAGAAGAUUAUAGUCAAGGAUCCUGUCACUGACUUGGAUUAUAGCUUCAUAUGUCACAGGUGGCUUGAUCAAGGAGAAGAUGAUGGCAAGAUGGUCAGAGAACUUUAUGUUACUGAUAACCACACCUUUGCAGGUAGACAAGAACUGGAAACCAAAAGAAUGGAAAUGUGGGCAGCAGAAAAGUGGAAAUUUCAGAGUGGCAAUACACUUCAGUUUUACAACAAGGUGACCCAUGGUUUUGUACGCCUCAGCCAAGAUGGAAUUGUAGAUGCCCUUGGUGAAAAGAAAGACAAGCAUGGUCUUUUUGAUGUGGCUGUCAAGAAAGAAAACACAUGUGUAUUUAAAUGCCAUCUGAUGCCAUAUCUUGCCCUUGCUCUUUCUCAUGGCUCUGUCACUGCAAUGGACCACAGCGAUAUCCACUGUGAGCUGUGCGUUCAUGUUCAACCAAAUCGCUGCACAGUGCUGGAAUCUGUCCAGAACCCUGGCCAGACUAUUACUUUCAACCUGCAAGGCACAGUAGCUGAUGAUACCACAGGUUAUGCUGGACUAACAAAGGAGUUUAUUGUUCAUGUUAAGGGAGUGUUCCACAAUGGUGCCAUAAUUUUGCUCACUACUAGCUACUGCCAGUCUCUGUGCCUGAGGUCUGAUGGGAGCUGCAGUGGAGCAGGAAAUCAAUCUGAUGACUCUUACUGGAGAGUACAUAAAAUCAGCUCUGGAGUUUGCAUGUUUGAAAGUGUAAAACACCCAAGAAUGUAUUUGAGGAUCAAGGAUGGCCAGUGUAAUGGAACAGGCACAGGAGGUAUAGACUGCCAUUUUAAAGUGGAGAAGAAUUUAGAAAGUGGAUCUGUAAGUCUGGAAUCUGCACGAAAUAGAGGGAUAUAUGUUGGCCUUCUGCCUAAUGGUCAGGCCAAACCAGUUGUUCAUACUGGAGAAAGCAACGUUUUGUUCUACCCACAAGUUGUCAAAUUUGGCAGAGAAAAGCCUAUGGGAACAUCUGCAACUCCUCCACAGCAGAAAGAAGUCAAAGAAUUCAAGCAGCAACAAGUAGGAAUUGAGAAUCGAAGAGCCUACCAUCAACCAAAUUCUCCUGUCUCAGAUGAUAAAUGGAAAGUGUCAGUACUGACGGGAGAUUCAGGAACCCAAGCAAAUGUCACCCUCUGGAUAUAUGGAGACAAAGGGAUUGCUGGACCAAUAACUCUUGGCAAGGACAAAAGAGAACAGCUGUUUCUACCCAGGACUGAAGAUGUAUUUCAGGUUGAAAUUAAUAAUAUUGGAAACAUUUACAAAAUCAGAAUAGGUCAUGAUGGAAUAAGCAAACAGCCAGAAUGGAUGUUAGAAAAGGUGACACUACAACACCUAAAGAGUGGAAAAAUUCUGAAUUUUCCAGCAAACAAGUGGUUGUCAAGGAGUCAGGGAAAUGGAGAUACUCUGUGUGAACUUCCAGUAAUGCAUAAAGGAAGACAACUGUAUCCAAUCGUGAAUUACCAGGUUUAUGUGUACACGGGGCAUUUGGAGCAAGCUGGAACAGAUUCAUCUGUGUAUUUGUGCAUAUAUGGAAAAAGAGGAGAUUCUGGUCUAAGACUUCUUCACAAAUCUGACAAACCCAAAAAAUUUCAGAAAGGAAUGGCUGAUCUGUUUGAAAUACAAGCUGUGUCACUUGGAAAUCUACAAAAGGUGUUGCUGUGCUGCAAGGCCUAUAACAAGUCACAGAAUUGGUACUGUGAGAAAAUAAUCAUCAGAGAACCUGAGAAAAACUCAGAAUAUAUUUUCAUCUGUGAAAGAUGGCUGCCAUUUAUGUCCCAAGGCAAAAUUCAUUCGGAAGUAGAGCUCUUCUGUCAAGAAAUGCAAAUAAACAAUCAGCUGAAAAUGCAAGAAGAAGAACAUGGAGAAGAUUGGAAAAUCACUAUAGUCACUGGAGCUUUUGAAACAGCUGGCACAACAGCAACCGUGUCCCUUUAUGUUUAUGGAGAAAACAAAGCUUCAGGUCCUCUUAUACUGGGAUCUGGGGAGCACCAGCUGUUUAAUCCCAACAGCACAGAUACAUUUAAGAUUAAUCUAAAAGAUGUUGGGGAGCUAUAUAAAAUCCGGAUUGGCCAUGACAACAGUGGACCAGAUCCCAGUUGGUACCUCAAUGAAAUUAGACUUCAAAGAAUGAACUCACCAGAAGAGCUAGAGAUGUGUUUUCCCAUGGGCUGCUGGCUAUCUGAAGACCGAGAUGAUGGAGAUACCUGGAGAGAAAUACCAAUAAGUAGAUCUAAAAAUGCACUUCUACCAUUGAUCUUCUAUGAGAUCAGAGUAUACACUGGGUCAAUUUCUGGAGCAGAAACUAAUUCUAAUGUGUAUAUCACCCUGUUUGGAAGCAGAGGGAAUUCUGGAUAUCGGAAACUUCUAAAGUCAAGGACCAAUAAAGUCAAAUUUCAGCGUGGUCAGACUGAUGUGUUCUCCAUGAAGGCUGUAUCUCUUGGUGCUCUGAAUAAAAUUCUCAUUAGCCAUGAUGGAACUGGUCCAGGAAGUGGAUGGUUUCUUGAAAAGAUUGUCAUCAGAUACCAGGAGGGAGAAGAUGAAGAAGUUGUAUUUCCCUGUAAUCGUUGGCUGGAUAAAUAUCAAGAUGAUGGAAAGACAGAGAGAGAACUAAUUGCCAGAAAAAACAGGAACGUAUCUACAACAUAUACUAGAGGACAGUGGAGAGUGCUGGUUAAGACUGCUCAAGAUUCCCCUGAGCCCCGGGAGGAUAAGAGAAUCCUUGUGAUUUAUGGCUCAAAGGGCAAAAGUGAUGAUCUUCUUCUUUCUUCACAAAGCUUGAGAUCUGUGUGUUUUCAACCAGGAGCAACUGAUGAAUUCCUUGUUGAUUCUAGAGUUGUUGGAGAUGUAUACAAGAUUCGGGUCAACUGUGAUGAUUUGCCAGACUUUGAGGGCUGGCAUUUGAAAUCUAUUUUGAUGGAAGAGCUACACACUAAUCAAGAGGUGAACUUUGACUGUAACUGCUGGUUCUCUCAUAGCCAAGAGCACCAAGACCUGGUGAAAGAAUUCCCUACACUGCAUGAAAACCAGAAACCUUUACCAGUGCAUAAAUAUGUCAUCUCUGUACACACCGGAGAUCUCUGGGGUGCUGAAACCUUUGCAAACCUUUAUAUAACAGUUUAUGGUGAAAGAGGAGACACAGGUGUGAGGAAACUGCAACGUUCUAUCACUUCAGGAGAAACAUUUCAAAGGAACAAGGUGGAUUCCUUUUUAAUGGAGGCUGUCUCACUGAGCCACUUGAAAAAAAUAGUAAUAGGACAUGAUGGAGAAGGAUAUGGAGCGGGAAUAUACUUGAAGAUGAUAACAAUUAAGAAGUCAGAAAACUCAGAUAAAGAAUGGAUCUUUCCAUGCUGGAACUGGCUGGAUACUCAUUUAGGACUCUGUGACACUGUCUGUGAAAUUGAAACAAUUGGUAAAACAUUGACCUCUUCUUCAAAACACCCUCAAUUCAACAAAAACUCUUCAGGUUUAUGGAUAAUGGAUAUUAUUGGAUCUGAUAUGAGUGCUGAAUUUGAUCCUAUACACCUUACCUUUACUUUUUAUGGAGAACAAGAUCGCAAAGAGUUGCCACUUCAGCUUUCAGAAAAGGCCACACAAAUCAAAGAUGAGCUGAAAAACAUUGGCUCUCUUUACAAGAUUCAGGUAUCUGGUCUACAUUCUCAGUUAAAAGAACCCUGGCAUUUGACCAUGUUGCAUAUGAAGCAUAUAAGCACCAACCAGGAGAUGUGGCUAAAUUUUGACUGUUGGUUCAAACCCAAUGAAGAGAAGUGUGUUGAACUGCCUGCAAUCUGUUCUGACCAGGAUCCUUUGCCUGUUGUUGAAUAUUCUGUCCAUCUGUAUACUGGAGACAAAAAGAAAACUGAUGCCAGUGGAGAUGCUUAUCUUUGCAUUCAAGGGGACAGGAGUGACUCUGGGAAACGAUGGCUUAACAAUUAUAAAAAAGGUCCAAUCACGUUUAGUAAAGGAGAGGUGAAUGUUUUCAAAAUCAAAGCAGUGCACCUUGGGAAGUUGAACCACGUCCGUGUAGGAUUUAAAAGUUUGAAUAAAGAUGAUUGGUUCCUAGAAAAGAUUGUAAUAAAAGAAGGAAAUUAUCCUUUUAGCACAUAUACCUUUGUUCACAAUAACUGGAUCAGUAAACAUUCAACUAAAGAUUUUGCAGAAUUACAAGUUCCACUGAAAGAAAUGACUGCAACAUUUGGUCCAAUUAAAGAUUUUGAUGCUAGAAGCCAAGGAAGAUGGAAAAUGUGGGUGGCCUGCACCCAUGUUCCAGAAAAAAUGUCUGAUAUAAAAGUGGUGCUGUAUGGAACAAGUGGAAUAUCCGUUGCACAGACAGUUCAGAAUUUAAAAAACGAACCAUUUCUGUUGACCAUUGGUGAUAUUGGAAGGAUAACAAAGAUUUCUUUUAUAUUAUCAAAUCUAAGCAUGAAUAGAGGACUUAAACUUCACAAGCUCCGGAUGAAAGAUAUGGAUACCAAAGAAGAGCUGGGCUUUCACCCUUUAAACCGAUGGCUUUUUGAAGAAAAUGGUGCAGAGGCAGUGACAGAAUUUGCAGCAGUCAGACCAGAUGAAAUGCCACUUAAGGAGGUUAUUUACUCAAUCAGUGUCCACACAGGAACAUUACCUGCAUCAGAAACAGAUGCACAGAUCUUCAUUACAAUUUUUGGGGAGAAUGGAGACUCUUCCAAAAGAAGACUUAGAAAUUCAAAAUCAUGUGCACAGUUUGAGAAGGGUCAGAUGAGUACCUUCAUUGUCCGGGCAAUAGAUCUUGGGUUAUUAAGCAAAGUGAUAGUGGAACACAAUAAAUCUGGUUAUGGAGCUGGUUGGUACCUUGAACAAGUCACAAUAAAAGAAUUAGAGAAGAAUGAUGCCGGUUAUGUAUUCUCAUGCCAGCAAUGGUUGGACAGUGGAGUUGGUGAUGGAAAAAUGAAGCAAGAGUUACAGCUUCUUGGAAAAGUCAGGAAAGAGACUAUGCCAGAAAAUGUUCAUGGGAUUUGGGAUGUCACCAUUGUACCUAGAUGCAUUUCUGUGAACCUAACAUUAACUUUGACGGUUUGUGAUGACAAAGGUUCAUCUGCUUCAGUCUUAAUUUCCAAAGGAUCAUUUAAGAGUGCUGAGGCUUAUCAUGCAUCACUGCAACUAGAUAAAAAGUUUAGUAAGAUAUACAAAGUUCGCUUGGAAGUUGAAGAUACAGAUGGAGAAACAUGGUGUUGCCGUGAGGUCAAGCUUCAGAAUAGAACAAGUAAAGAAAUUCUAGAAUUCCCAUGCCUCCAGGAUUUUUCAGAAGGUGAAGGAUGCACAGUGGCUGAAUUUCCCAUUCUCACCGCUGGCAGCCAGUUUUUAUCAGUUAAGCCUUACACUUUGUACAUCUCUACGGGCUCAUCCCCAAAGUCAGGAACAGAUUCAGAUGUGUAUGUCACUUUGAAAGGAUCGAUAGGAGACACUGGCAGGAGGAAAUUGCCUAGGAAUGGGGAGGACAGUUUUGCCAAGGGGAAGGUGGAUGUUUUCCAAGUCAAAGCAGUAGAUAUUGGGACUCUGCAUGAACUUCUUGUGGAAAAAGGAAAGGGUUCUGACUGGCACCUCGAAAAGAUUAUUGUGAAAGAGCCAAAGUUUCCAGGAAAAGAGACACUGUUUAUUGCUCAGACAUGGCUAAAAGACAAGACUGAUAGGAAACAAUACACCUCAGUAGCUCUGAAUGUUACAGAAAUUCAAGAAAGGAAAAUUGAAGUUGACUCACUGUUGCAGAGACAACAAAUGAAAUCAGAAGGUUCAUGGAAGAUUUAUUUCACAAAGUGUCGUGAAGAUUCAGCAAAAGAAUCUGAAAAGUCUUGGGAAAACAUUUCUAAACUGAUUAUGGUGUUUUAUGGAAAAAAUGGCAAAUCUGAACCAAUUUCUUUGAAGAGCAAAGUAGCUGAUCAAGCUGAGGACAAUAUAACAUUUGAUGUGCAUUUCCCAUCUGAUCUGGGAAUGCUGUAUAAAGUGAAUCUUGGGGUUCAUCACUUGGGAGAAAGCAUAUUCCAGUUGUUUCAUCACUGUAAAAUGCAGAACACAGUAACCCUGGAUACCUUUAGUUUGUCUAUAAAUAAAACGCUUCCUCUUCUUAAUGGAGACCGAUGGAUCGAGUUCCCUGUUGAGUGGCCAUUAAGGGAAGCACUUUCAGUGGUUACAUAUGAUGUAAAAGUAUUUUGCAAUGAACCUUUGAGCAACAUAAACUUGGUUCAUUUGUCUCUGUGCGUAUAUGGAACCAAUGGAGACACUGAAGACAGAGUACUUUUACUGUCAUUACCUUCUACAACUCAGCAAGAUGAUGCGGUAAAUUCAUUUACAGGUCAGAUUGAUGCUGUGGACCUGGGAGUGCUGCACAAAGUUACACUCCUCAUUGGAAGCAAAUCAUCCUGCAGAGUGGGAAUUAAAGCACUGCACUUGAAUGAAGCUUCAAAGCAAGGACCUGUCUAUAUAUUUGAAGUGAAUGAAAUAUUCCUGCUGAAUCCCAGUGAACCUGAAAUAAGGCGAGAACUCUCUUUGAUUAACAAGGAAGAUGGUGGACCAGAAAAUCUGAUAGAAUAUAUAAUUAAAGUAUACACAGGUGACAAAAGAGGUGCAGGGACUGAUGCCAAUGUCCAUAUCAUUUUGUUUGGAGACAAGGAUACGUCACAGUUAAUUCAGCUCAAGACUUCACUGGAUCAUCAAGAUCCCUUUGAAAGAGGAAGGACUGACACAUUCGAAGUUAGGACAAAGAAUAUUGGAAGACUGCAGAAAAUUGAAAUUGGACAUGAUGGCAAAGGAUUUGGAAGUGGCUGGUUUCUGGAAAAAGUAGAAAUCACAGAUGUGUUUGCAAAAGAACAGUACUGCUUCAGUUGCAACCGGUGGCUGGCAAAAGAUGACAAUGAUGGACGCACAGUAGUUCAGCUUUUCAUGUAA